GUUUGGUAGACGUGUCACGACCAAGUCGCUUCCCUUAAUAAUAUUCCAGUGCAUUGAGUGGAGUUGUGUGCUGGGCGGAGACGCUGUUGGUUGAGUGCGCUGGUGAAUUCUCCGCUGCCGGUACACCGUUCACUAUGCACUCCGCACUGGCCGUGGGCCUGGUAUUUGCCGGCUGCUGCAGCAAUGUGGUGUUUUUAGAACUUUUAUCCAGGAAAUUUCCUGGAUGUGGAAACAUUGUGACGUUUGCCCAGUUCCUGUUCAUAGCUGUAGAAGGUUUCAUCUUCCAUGCAGACUUUGGCAGGAGAAAGCGAGCUGUCCCAUUAAGGUAUUACAUCAUUAUGGUAACCAUGUUUUUUACAGUGAGUGUGGUGAAUAAUUAUGCACUCAAUCUCAAUAUCUCCAUGCCACUUCACAUGAUAUUUAGAUCGGGAUCUUUGAUAGCAAACAUGGUGUUGGGAAUAAUUAUACUUAAAAAGAGGUACAGCAUUUCCAAGUAUUUGUCUAUUGCUCUGGUUUCUGUGGGGAUCUUUAUUUGCACAUUGAUGUCUGCACAGCAAGUGGCAUCACAUCAACCCUCCCCUGAAGAAGAUGGAUUUGCAGUUUUCCUAUGGUGGCUUAUAGGUAUUGCAGCUCUGACCUUUGCCCUCAUAGUGUCAGCCAGAAUGGGAAUCUUUCAGGAAACCCUGUACAAAGAAUAUGGGAAGCACCCCAAAGAGGCAUUAUUCUACAAUCAUGCUUUGCCACUGCCAGGAUUCCUGCUACUUGCUCCUGAUAUAUAUUACCACGCAGGCAUGUUCACUCAGAGUGAGCCAUACCACGUGCCCGUGCUAGGAAUACAGAUGCCGAUCUUGUGGUUUUAUCUGCUAAUGAAUGUCAUCACCCAUUAUCCUUUUUAACAGUAUGUGUGCAUUCGGGGUGUGUUUAUCCUAACCACUGAGUGCCCUUCUCUCACAGUAACCCUGGUUGUCACACUUCGCAAGUUCCUUAGCCUCAUUAUUUCCAUUUUGUACUUUAAUAAUCCUUUUACCACUUGGCACUGGAUUGGCACUUUUAUAGUUUUUCUGGGGACUCUGUUGUACACUGAAGUGUGGACUUCUCCAAGCAAAGAUAAGAAGGACACAAAGAAGGAAUAACUUUUUCCAACUCCAGUGUAUGUGCGAAUAAGUAUAACAUCUUAUAUUUGCCCUUCAGUUUGAUACAAGAUGAAGAACUCUGAGCCUAAAUGUUUUUUUGUUGUUUUUAUUUUUAUUUUUUUAAUAAUGAUGCCAGAGGUAUUUUCAAAUUACAUGUCAUGAUAGGUGAACCUGUUGUCCGUAUUUUAAGUUGAACUAAAUAGUCCCCAAAUACAUCACAUAUUUGAGACAUAUAUUAUUCAAUGUAUUCAAUGUAAAAUAUUUAGAUAUGUUCACCUUACCUCUGUUCCAAUGCUUCUCCUGCUCUCUCCUUUUACUCACUCUGCAUGCAGGGCAAACUUCCUCUGUGAUGCCAACACGGUUUCAUUUGCCAGCAUGCCGACAUCUAAAAGGAGUGAUAUUAGCUACUGUUUCUAUAUUCUCUAGUCAGCACUGGCAGCAUUGGCUAGAGAGCUGCCAUAGCAACCACAGCACAUGCUCUGUGGUUGCUAUGUAGGAGAACAGACUGACUACCAGUGGGGAGGUCUUUUCUGCUCUCCUUUGUCAGUAUGUUCUUUUGCAUAUAGUCUUUGCCAAAGAACUGAUUGACAGGUUGGAGAAAAAACGGUAUUUUAAAUACAUUUGCUAGCACAAUUUAUAGAUUAAUUGUUUUGUUCUUUUAAAAUAGCAUAACUUUUACCUGGCAAAUCAGGUACCAUUUAUGCAAUGAACGCAUACGUUCUAUUUCAUUGCAUAAGGAGCUUUUAAUCCAAUGUUACUUCUCUCUUGUGUUGUUUAGCCACCGUAAUGCUGGAUUGAUGGGGUUACGCUAGUGUAACACACGCCAAUUGCCUGUUACUCUUUUAAGCCUAAGAGCUCCUCCCUUGUCAUUCCAACUCUCUGGCUUCAUUGCCAGUGCUGUGGUGUGUAAUUUCAGUCACACUUGUCGUGCAUUUCUCCGGCAAGCUGUAAGAUGCUAGUAAGUUGUAAAUGACAGGGAUAAUUUCAGCAGUCACAAGGUAUGUACUGUAUUUGCUCUGAAGGAGAGCAGGAAAGCUGCUUGGAUGAGGAGGCGGCUUCUCCGGUUCUUCCCCUGCCAGUUAAUUAUUGGCAUACUCCUGUAUGGUGCAAAUUAACAGUUGACGGUAUUUUUUUUUGUAUUAUUUUUCUAUAAAAUCUAUACUUUUGCUAGAAAAAUGUAUAGGUGAAAUAUAAUACUAGAUGAAUUAUAGGUAUAGAAUUUAUAGAAGUAUGCAAACUGAAAAUACUCAGGGAUAAUAUACAUGUAAUAAGACUUAAAGAGGCUAUGAAAAAAAACUCUUACUGGAUGAUUAACCUUGUGAAACAGAACUGUGCUAUAGUGACCGCAUCCCAGGUUUAAUCAUUGACAAAAAAAGUGCUCUGCUGCCUAUGAUAGAUAUUAUGCAUUGAUUAAAUACUAAUUUCUGAUUAAAAUUAGUAUAUGAUCAUCCUAAACCUACACCUCCCCAAAAUGCACUGGUGAUAUACUUGGUUUCUAAAAUGUGAUUUAAUGAUUUAUUUUUUAAUGAUUUCAUAGUUUGGGGAAGUAGGGCAGGUGUUUAUGAUAUUUAAAAAUGUAAUUAGUAAUUUUUGUUAUUCUUUAGCCAUUAUGACAUACUGCAUGUUAAAAAAUAUCCAUCAGUAGCACAUACAGAAAUCUGUGGGGUUGAAGGGAAAAAGAUAAAAUCAAUGCUUUUCUCUAGGGCAAUUUUC